ACUCGGGCUUUCUUCAGCUCAGCCCCUUGUUGCUAAGCAACCGCCGUAGAAGAUUGACAGCAACUUCAGUUGAUUCAUUCGGACUAAACUUUGAUAAAAGACAACUUUUCACUGCUGCUGCUGCGGCGUUGACACACAGGAGACAAAUAACGAACGUCAAGAAAGCUAACAGGUAGCUGGCAGUGGGAAGUAAAUUAAUACAAGGUUUUGAUGAACUAAUAUAAACGCCGAAGUUUCAGCGAUGCCCGAUGUUGAACCCCUCAGAUUCCCAUCAAGGGAAGGACGACCUAAUCAACAAGAUCAAGCAGAUCUUCAAGCUGUCUGCUCUGGGAGACGUCGCACUUGUGCUUUGCUCAACAGUCCCUCACCAAGUGUCAACCAGGCUAUUUACCACAUCCAAGAGCUGAAGAUGAAGGUGGAGAACUGGUGUCAACAGUCUGGAAAGUAUCAGCCACACAUCAAUCAGGACAAGCACCAGUACAGUGAAACUUUGAGAUUUCAGUCCAGAGACUCAGAUACUGAACCAGUGAUGUCUACAAAGUUGUUUGUUGAAGGCAUUGCAAUUAGUACAAGAGAAAGUUGUCCAUUAUCGCCGCUAUUGAAGAAAAUAAAUGAUGUCCUUGGAGAGGUUGUGUAUCUGAUUGAGCGGCUGGAGGCUGAUCGGCAGUACGCAGAGGAAGGUCUCCACAAAGAGAAGAGAAGAAAAAGAUUUUUGGAGAGCAAAGUUGACUGUAUUUCACUGUGGAAGCAACAAGAGCAUUCUUUCGUUGUUCAAAAAGAGCACGAGGCUUGCAUUAGAGACAUCACUGAACUGAAGUGGCAGCUAAAACUGGAGAGAGAGAAACUUGACCAGGUCCAGGAGAAACUGUCACACGCUGAGAUUUUGAACCAACACUUGCACGAGGACAUCAGCUUUGCCAAAAAACAAAUUCCCAUCGUGAGAGAAAACCUGGAGAUCCAGAGAGGCAUUAUAAAUCAAAUCAACACUGUACAAGCAGAGGCUGAUAAAGUACACUCAAAGACAAAAAAUGAUCUGACACUGGUUGAGAGGGAGUCCAAAAAGAUGCAGUUGGACGCCAACAAUGAAAAGAAAUCAUUGGACCAUGUACUGUUGGCUAUGAAGAAUCAGCUGGCCAACAGAUUAGAAGAUUUAAACAAGCUGAAGAUGUUUGAGAAUGAGCUUUGUGCUGAAAUUAAGGAUGCUGAAAAGAUGAUUGCACUUACAGAAGAACAGUGUGCAGCCAUAACACAACGGAUCCCUGAAAUAAUGGAGCUUGAGAAAGCUGAAAAAGACAGAAUUUCACAAUUAAAAUUUCAAAUUGAGGGUGAAAUGCAAAAGAGUAAGAAAUUAAAAGAGAAACUAAUCGCAUUGCAAGAAGACAUUGAGAAAACUAAACUUAAUGGAGAAGCAGAGGUUUCCUGCGUAGAAGAGCAGCUCCUUUCAAAACGUAAUGCCUUUGCAGCUCUCCGUAAAGAAAACAUGGAGUAUGAACAGAACCUGGAAGACUACAAGAUAAAAAUUUCUGAAAGUGAGAAAGCAGUGAAGCAGAUGCGUGAGGAGAGGAAGCAGAUGCUCCAGAAAAUCAUUGACAAUGACGAGCACUGGGAAAGGGCCAGGGAGGAAGUGACCAAAGUUGUAGCCCAGCACAGUGUCACCCAGACUAAGCUGGAAGAGCAGGAGCAGCUGACCUUCAUGGAAGAGCAGAGGGCCAGGAAAGAGAUUGAAAACCUGAGGAAAGAUCUGACAGGUCAGAUGACUGCCCUGGAAGUACUUAAGAGUCAGUGCGCGAACGUCAGUGACGAACUGCAUCGACAGCAAAGGAGCUCAGAGCUAGCCAACAAAAAACUUCAGAAUGAAUAUGAAAAUGUGUCCUCGACAACGAAAGCCCUGGACACACAAAUCGAGAAAAUGAAGAAAUUGACAGAACAUUUUGAAAAGGUUCAGUCCGAACACAACAACAUAUUAGCCAACCUUGAGAGAGAGAAAAAACUCAAAUGUGACCACCUGAAAGCAGCACAGGAUUUACACACUGCCACUAUAAAGAGAUACGACAUCACCCUGAGCAGGACCAAUGACCUUACGAAGAAGUGCGAAGAAUACCGAAACGCUUCCGAUAAAAUGGACAAAAUAGUUGAAAGCAUGCCAGACGUCAUAGCAGAACUCCAAAGUGCUCUUGAGGUGGUGGAAUUCAAAGACAAAUCAGCUGCUCUCAUAAUGAGCACCUUGCAGUCUGAUAUUAAUAACUGCCUACAACGAACACAGCGAUCCAUGCAGACACACACUGCUCACGUUACAGCAAGAGAAAAGGAAAUGGAAGACACCAAGGGAGCACUGAUAAUCGCACUGAAGGAGAACAAACAGCUGGCCAGCGAGUACGAAGGUCUUAAGAAGAUCCUCAUGGAGGCCAAACAGGAGGCGGUGUCUGCAUUGACCAAGAAAAACCAUGCACAUAAAUCUUUUCAAUAUUACACACAGCUCUCUUUGUUGCAGAAGAGGAUGCACAAAGCUUUGGUGAAAUACUUCAAACAACGCAGCCUCUACAGCCAGGCUGAACUGGACCGGUGCCAGUCUCUUUCUCAAGAGACCGACCAGAAAAUAAAAACAGCCCAGGAGGGGUUGUCAGAAGAAAUUCAGCUCAUCUCUGCAUUCCUGCAAUCCUUGACAGAUGACUCUGCUACCACUGAUGAUGCUGGGGUGAACAAACAAGCCAGUCCAGAUGCUGCUGGAUCGAAUGAGUAGAUGCCUUCAGUUCAAAUAGCAGUGUAAUUGGACAUUCACCUGUACCAGACAACUUACUUACCCUAGCACGCUUCACUAUUCCCCUCUCUUUACUUGCAGCAAAUCCAUAACAAUGAAACAGGUGACUUUCAUGCUGCUGUCAGGACUGAUCUAAUUUUAGCUGGGUGAAUGAUUGCAAUUGGCUUUGCCUCAUCAGAUAAUUAAUCUAUGUCACCAUUAAUUGGAAAAGAGAAUAAUUACAGGCAGUGUUGACAGAAAUUCUACGCUUCUCCAGAUUCCAAGAUCUAAUUACAACUAGUGAAACCCCGUGACCUUAACUAGCACUUAGUACACCUUGGCCACCUUGACCAUGCCCAUGUGAGGACCACUGUCUCUCAAAAUACCCUGUUUUGGUUAUCGUGCCCUGCACUCCUUCACUCUCCUCACUCUCUGAAAGCUGUCUCCCUCAAUCACUUUUCAAUAUUCAAUCUUAAUUUUGUGGAAGUUUAGCAUUUUCAAUGAGCUGGAGAUGAAUGAUUAAUGAAUAAAUUUAAAUGCUUCA